AUGACCACUUUCUCCGCCCCGGUCCCUGCUACCAGAUCGCUGCCCACCGAUCAGUCAGCGUUAUCGGCUUCCUUCACCAGCUUUCUCACCGUCUCGGUUCACCAAAUACUUUUCUUGCGCUCCGUUUAUCCGCGCGCCACUUUCCUCCCAGUGCGGGCAUAUAAUUAUCCCGUCCGACAAUCCCGCCACCCCAAAGUGUGUGACUAUAUCAAUGAUGCGUCCAUUGCAGUCGGGACAGAGAUCUUGAAAGGCACAAUCACCGCAGUCAGUAUUAUCAUUUCAUCUCUCCGCACAAACCAGCCCCUCGAAAGAUAUGCCUUUGAUCUGUCGGGCUUUCCCCGUGUUCCAGCUGGAGAGGUGAAUACCAAAUUUGAAGGCAGAAAUGAAGAUUCAUCCAGUCCAGGUGCGCCGGGGGGCCCCGCGCCGACCUCGGUCGACCUUGAGGCCCAAUUCCGAGCCUGUCUGGCUCGGCUGGCAUCGGCCUGCGCCCGAUUGACCCCGCUGCCACGAGAUGACGAAUUCAGCUUCACCGUAUGCAUCGAAGUGCGUGAGGAUGCCUUGCCUCCGGCGGGCACCACCAAUGAAGAACAAACAUGGAUUGUGGCCGAACCGGGCAAGGUGCACCUACGAUCCUGCACCGCCCCCUACUCCGUCUCCAAAGUACGGAAUGGCGAGCCCCAACAGCAACAGCAGCCGCCGCCUCACCCACCCUCGAAUGGCCGGGCGAAAACAGUACCCGUACGACGUGUGGAAGCAGGGGAACUACGGCUAGAGUUGUGGGUGGAGGAAGCACGGCAGAAAUUUAAUGAACCGGUGGACUUGGACUCAGAGCAGCCGCCUUGA